AUGAAGCUCUGCACCACCAUCCUCCGCCUAGCCCUAUGCGCCGCCGCCACCGCCUCCGUCCACCUAUCCGAAUCCCAGCUGCGUCAAAACCCCGACACAAUCCCUCUCGCAGAUCUCGAACCCACAACACCCCUCAAACAGUAUACAUUCGGAAUACAAGACCGAGAGGAUUUGGACAUCUUCAAGUAG